GGGAGGGUCACAUGACCGGGUCGCAGGUAGAGCCGCCUCUCGGAGUCAGUGCGUCUUAAGCCGUCGCUAAGUGAUUGUUGUGCGGCCGUUGUUCUACGCUUUCACGGUGUACAUCGUGGGUGCUCGUGUGCUGUGAUAUGUCCGGAAUAUGGCCACCGGUCUUCCCUUCGGGCCGUGAUACCGCAAUAUGGCUACCUUAGGCCUCUCGAAGGUCUUCAUCUUGGACAAAUAUUUUACGGAACUGCAGAAAUUCUGGGAGACGGAGAAGAAAUUGCAAGGAUCGUCGCGGCUCGAGGAUAUUGCGGAUGCGUCGUCCUCAAACGAGGCGGUCCAUUUGCAACAGCGCCUGCGGAGCUUGAGCACCGAGCUUGUAACGCUAAGAAAUCGACUCCAUGUCCAAGGAGGGCAGCCGGCGACCACCAUAAAAGGCGGCAAUGGAGGCGGAGGUGGAGGAGUACCCGUGCCGCCUCUUACUUCUGCUCCGGCGGUCCCCAACCCAAUCGUACCGCCGAGAUCCACUGCUAAUAAUGUACCUGUUCCUGUGGGCUCGGUAACGCAGAAACAACGGCCCCAAAUACCGGCGACGACGUCUUCGAAUCUGGAAGAUCUGAUCCAUCUGCAUGGACCGCUCACGGAGGAUGCCGUCAUGAAAUGUUUACAAGCGCGAUUUCAAGCAUCCAACUUUUACACGAACGUGGGUCCAAUUCUCUUAUGCGUAAAUCCGUACAGAGACGUUGGAAAUCCUUUGACUUUGAGCAGUACGAGAAGUAUUGCCUUGAGUCCGCAAUUGAACAAGGUUGUUCAAGAGGCAGUUCGACAACAAUCGGAGACUGGAUAUCCUCAAGCCAUUAUUUUAUCCGGAACAAGUGGUUCUGGAAAAAGCCACGUAUCGAUGUUACUAUUAAGGCAAUUAUUUACUGUUGCUGGAGGAGGCCCAGAGACUGACGCUUUUAAGCAUUUAGCCGCCGCAUUUACAGUACUACGUUCCUUAGGUUCCGCCAAAACCAUGACAAACUCGGAAUCCAGUAGAAUUGGACAAUUCAUAGAAGUCCAAGUAACCGACGGUGCUUUGUACAGAACGAAAAUCCAUUGUUAUUUUCUGGAUCAAACUCGUGUGAUAAGACCAUUACCAGGUGAAAAAAAUUACCAUAUAUUUUACCAAAUGCUCGCCGGACUAUCGAUGGAAGAACGAACUAAACUCAACUUAGAAGCACACAAAAUCACCACGUUGAAAUUCCAGGCUUGGAAGAACUGCCUGGGGAUCCUCGGAAUACCAUUCCUGGACGUGGUCAGGGUGCUGGCGGCGGUUCUUCUUUUGGGAAAUGUGCAAUUCAUGGACGGCAAGGGACUGGAAGUAGACGUCAAAGGCGAAGCUGAAUUGAACGCCGUGGCCGGUCUACUGGGCGUCUCCGGUGGUGCUCUAUUUCGCGGGCUGACCUCUCGCACUCACAACGCGCGAGGCCAGCUGGUGAAAUCCGUUUGCGACGCCAACAUGUCGAACAUGACGAGAGACUGUUUAGCUAAAGCUUUAUACUGCCGUACUGUAGCUACCAUAGUUCGUAGAGCUAAUAGUUUAAAGAGAUUAGGUUCGACGUUGGGCACUCUGAGUUCCGAUUCCAAUGAGUCUGUGCAUAACCAAGCUGAAGUGACGAGCCAGCAUGCUUCUACUAUCGGCGGGAGCACGAAUGCUGGAAGUAAAUCGAUGGCAGCGUUAAAUAACGCCGUUAGACACGCUACUGACGGUUUCAUCGGUAUACUUGAUAUGUUUGGUUUUGAGGAUCCGAAACCCAGUCAACUGGAGCAUCUGUGUAUUAACCUUUGCGCCGAGACGAUGCAACACUUUUAUAAUACUCAUAUUUUCAAAUCGAGCAUAGAAUCUUGCAGAGACGAAGGCAUUAACUGCGAAGUCGAGGUGGAUUACAUCGAUAAUGUACCAUGCAUAGAUUUAGUUUCUUCUCUGCGUACCGGCCUGCUAAGUAUGCUUGAUGUAGAAUGCUCGAUUAGGGGCACAGCCGAAUCGUAUGUGUCCAAGAUUAAGGUUCAACAUAAGAAUAAUUUAAGACUUUUCGAUCCGAAACCGCUCGAUCCUAGGCUAUUCUGCAUACAGCAUUUCGCUGGUAAAGUCAUUUACGAUGCCACCGAUUUUCUGGAUACCAACAAGGACGUCAUCCCGGACGAUUUAGUGGCGGUGUUCUACAAGCACAGCUGUAAUUUCGGUUUCGCGACGCACUUAUUCGGCAGCGAAUUGAAAGCCCUUUACUCAAUAGAAACAGUGCCCAGAGGAGUCAGUUUUCGCAUUUCUCCCACUUCCCAUACCGAUCUCCUAAACGGCGACGAACCCGUGUCGACUUUAACACAAGAUUUCCACACACGCUUGGAUAAUCUUCUGAGAACUCUCGUGCACGCCAGACCGCAUUUCGUUAGGUGCAUCUGCAGCAAUCCGCAGGAGACUCCCAAUCGCUUCGAUAGAGGUACAGUUGUCCGGCAAAUUCGUUCGCUACAAGUCCUGGAAACGGUGAAUCUCAUGGCGGGCGGGUAUCCGCAUAGGAUGCGAUUUAAAGCCUUCAACAUCCGCUACCGGUGUUUAGCUCCAUUCGCCAAACUGAACAGAUCCGAAGAAAAAGUCGCCGACGAUUGCCACCUGAUUUUGCAGCACGUGAUGGACUUGAUAGCCAAGCUGCAAAGUCCUGUAUCGAUUAGCUACGCUAUGGGGAAGAGGCACAUAUUCCUAAGCGAAGGAAUACGACAGGAGCUGGAGAAAUUGAGGUCAGAAACGCGACGCAAGGCCGCUACAUUAAUCCAAUCUACGUGGAGAGGCUGGCAUUGCAGGUAUCGAAUGACGGCAGUUCGAAGGGAAAAAUCCGCCAUCCAACCGCCGGUGUCGAGGGCGGCGAUUGGAGGUACUCGCCCCAGACCUCAACCCAUCGCCGGUACUCCGCCGCCGGAUCCGAACGAAAAGUGCGACGCGAAAAUCAUCCAGCAAACCUGCAAUCUGUUCGGUUUGGACCUGGAAAGGCCGCCUCCGGUGCCGCCCAGCCGGUCUUACACAGUGACGGGCAACACGAAAUUAGGUUACCCUCAAACUAGAGUGAUGAAAAUGACGUUUCCGGAAGACACCAACGGAGACGGUGCGGCUUUGUUGAAGGGAGAGACGGUUUUAGUGGUGGGAGCGUCCCAUCGAAGGGGUCAUUUGAUCGUCGAACACAAGCAUUGUACGCUUCACGUGCCUUUCCAGUUUUUGGAGUUGAAACAAAGUGUUAACAUUUAA